UUGGGUGGCUUUAAAUUAGUUUAUACUAUCCUCUUAACUGCGCGUGGCGGUAUUUUAUUUUUUGUAUCAGUGGACAAAAUAGCUCUAAAGUGAAACAUUGACAAAAACUAAAUUUAAGAACUUCCAACUUUCAAGACUUUACUUUCAGAUACGUGUUAUAAUAUGUUUAUUUUAUUUUCCUAAACAAACUCCUAUCAAUCCAAUCAUGUAUUAUUAUUUUAUCAUCAAAGCUUAUCAUACUUGAACUUAACAUUAGCCGAUUAAUUUCCAAUAAUAGUUCUUACUUAUUGUAUAAUGUGGUAUGUGUUUUAACUGAACAACUCCUUGGAAACAAAAGCUGAUAAAAUCUGCAUUAAGCAUUUGCCUUCAAAUAUCUGCUCUGUCUUCUGUGUUAAAUUAAAUAAUACAAAGUAUUUUUAGCGUCUAAGAGAAUACGAAUUAUUUAAAAAGUAGUGCUACAAUUUAAAGUAAUCGUUAAAGGUGAACAAAAACAUAGAAAGUUUCAGUUCUAAAUUGUCGUUAGUACUCUGUUAAGACCAGGUUCUCGUCCCCAAUCAAAACGCCCCGAAUCACAAACUCGCGUGAACAAAGAAAAUCCUACCGUGACAUCUCUGCCCUCUCAACACGAAAAAUUACUUAACCAACGGACAAUAUACCAAUGCCAACGAAUCCUUGGGAAGAGAAAAUGGACGAACAACUUCAGAGACAAAGCUCUCAAGGGGUUAGGAAAAUAGGAAAGGAUUUGGGGUGCGCGUUGGUCUUAAAUUAUUCAAUAUUUAAAUGGAAGAAAAAAACAAAGAAAUAUGAAGACAUCCGUUGCGGAUAAGUUGGAGUAACUUUUGAACUCGAAUGGAUUUUUCUGAAGAACGCAUUAUCGAUACCACUCUAGCAUGGUUUUCUCCAAUAAAUGAAUCCAGAACUGUUUUAACAAGUUUUUCUGAAACAACAAAAAGAAAUGAAUCCUUGAAUAUUUUGACAUCAAUCGGCUUAUUACCAUGGCAGAAGAGUGUUAUCGUAUCGAUUUUUAUGCUCCUUGUCUUGGUUACGGUAAUUGGGAACACAUUGGUAAUUUUAUCAGUUUUAACAACAAGGAGGUUAAGAACAGUAACAAAUUGCUAUGUAAUGAACUUAGCUGUUACUGACUGGCUAGUGGGAACAUUUGUAAUGCCACCAUCUAUUUUGCAAUACAUUUUUGGUGGAUGGAAGUUCAGCAUGUUACUUUGUAACAUUUGGAUAUCCCUUGAUGUCUUAUUAUGUACCGCUUCAAUUUUAAGUCUAUGUGCUAUAAGUCUAGAUAGGUACCUUGCAGUCAUUCAACCACUCAAAUAUUCCAAAAGAAGAAGAUCAAAAAGACUAGCUUUACUCAUGAUAUUAGUGGUUUGGGUAGUUGCCUUCCUGAUAACAUGUCCCCCAUUAUUUGGAUGGUACAAACUGGAUAGUACAAAAUCUGACUUUGAAUGUCGAUAUAACCAAAACAAAGGCUAUGUUGUUUUUUCCGCAAUAGGGUCUUUUUUCAUACCUUUGGGUGUAAUGCUUUAUGUUUACCUAAGAAUCGGUUUCGUUUUAACUUCCCGUCAACAAAGAAUGGUUCGCGCUGCUGUUUCUGAAAAAUCUAAAGUAAAUGAUGAACAAAAAACUUUUGUCCUAGAAAACGACCAAAGCCAACAUAAUAAUCCAGUGAACUCUUCGCUUAACCCUUCCAAGCCGUGCAACAAAGAAAAAACAAUAUCUUCUGAACGCAAUUCAGUUUAUGAGCUCGUGCAAUUUAACAGGCUUUUCACAGCAAAGAGAUGUCCCUCCAUCGAUUGCGAAUCUUGCUCAUCAAAAUUGAUAGGUUAUGAAGGGAGUAGAAAUAUACAUCCUCAUCGAAAAUCUCACAAUUCUUCAUUACGUGUUCCUAUGAGAAUAUCAACUAGCAGAAAAGAAUCGAAAACUACUAAAACCUUAACGACGGUGAUGGGUGGAUUUAUUGCAUGCUGGUUUCCAUUUUUUUGUUAUUAUUUAAUAAAACCAUUUCUUCCAGCUUGGGCUAACUAUGAAGGACUUAUGAUUGUCUUUACAUGGGUUGGAUGGAUAAAUUGCGCAAUCAAUCCAUUCAUUUAUGCUUCGUACAAUCCAGAUUUUCGUUCUGCUUUCUGGCGUUUAACUUUUCAAAACAUAGUUUAAAAGCGAUCUCAGAAUCAAACUUCAUUUGAAAGCAGAAUUAUUCAUAUGUCUUCAUUUAAUUAAUAUUGUAUAAACUAUGUAUGUAUGGAUUUUAUUUUGUAUUUUAUUCACAUACUUUGAUGUAUAUCUGCUAUGAACUAUGUGAUGAAACAGUCAUCUAAUAUAUUAUGUUAUUUCUCUCUUAUCAUGAAUAAAGGCAAUCACUACUUUGUUAGCAUU